AUGGCCGACGUCAAAUCCCCAGAAAUCGAAAAGCGGCCCAUCGACGUCGACGAUGUCGAGGCCGACCUCAAGAAUGGCAGCAUCACCGAUCUGGACGAGGCCGAGAUCUUCCUCCAGCAACACGGCAUUGCCCAUUCGCGACUCGAGGAACUCAUGGCCGACGAGACAGCCCUCAAGAAACUCCGCCGCAAAGUCGACUGGUCCUUGAUGCCUCUGCUGUGCGGCACCUACCUCCUCCAGUACGUCGACAAGCAAGCUCUCGGAUACUCGGCCGUCUUCGACCUCUUCGACUCGACCGGCAUGACCAGCGACCAGUACAGCUGGAUGGCCUCCAUCUUCUACUUUGCCUACCUCGUCGCCGAGUGGCCGGCUUCGUAUCUCGCCCAGACCUUGCCCACCGGCCGCGUCGUCAGCUGCUUCGUCCUCAGCUGGGGCACCAUCCUGGUCUGCACCGCUGCCGCCAAAGACUUUGCUGGUCUGGCCGUGUGCCGUUUCCUCCUGGGCACCUUUGAGGCCGUCAUCACCCCGGCCUUUAUGCUCAUCGUCUCGCAAUGGUUCCAGCGUGAGAAGCAGCCCGCUCGCGCCGGUCUCUUCUACUGCUUCAACGGUUUCGGUAGCAUGUUUGGCGGCAUCCUGUUCUACGGUGUCGGUCAGGCCAAGGGCUGGGACGUCUGGCGCAUCAUCUACGUCCUGUGCGGAGGCUUGACCAUCUGCUGGGGCGUCCUUCUGUUUUUCUUCCUGCCCAACAACAUCCUCGAUGCCAAGCGCUACACCGUCGAGGAGCGCGCCAUGCUGAUUGCUCAGAGCGCCGCCAACCGUACUGGUGUCUUCAACCGCAAGAUCAAGACUGCCCAGAUCAAAGAGGUGUUUUGCGACUCUCAGAUCUGGCUGCUGUUCUUCUUCACCCUGCUCAACGAAACCGUCAACGGCGGAAUUGCCAACUUUUCCAAGCUCAUCGUCAAGGGCUUCACCAAGGAUGCCCUUCUGACUACUGCUUACGGCAUCCCCUACGGCGCCUGCACUGCCAUGUUCAUGUUCACCGGACCUUACCUUGCCAGUCGCUUCAAGAACAUCCGCACCAUUGUCAUGGCCGUCUGGCUUCUGCCUACUCUUGUUGCCGUCUGCCUUUUCUGGAAGCUUGACCGAACCAACAAGGGUGGUCUCCUUGCCGGAUAUUACAUGUGUGCUUCCUUCAUCGGCUCUCUCAUUGUGGCCCUUCAGAUGCCUGCCUCCAACGUCGGCGGAUACACCAAGCGUACCACGGCCACUGCCUUUGUCUUCCUGGCCUACUGCAUCGGCAACAUCAUCGGCCCUCACGCGUUCCUAGGCUCUGAGGCGCCCAUCUACCAGACCGGCUGCAAGCUCAUCAUCGGCUGCACCGCGGGCCAGGCCGCCAUCGCCAUGAUUCUGCGCUACGUGCUCAUCCGCCGCAACAAGAUGCGUGAUGCUUUGGGACCCGUGGUUGAGGGGACGGACGAUGUGCUACAGGAUCUCACUGAUUUCGAGAACCCCAACUUUAGAUACGCAUACUGA